AAGAAAAUCUGUCAAAUUCAGACAUUAGAUUCUGACUCGAGUAACGAUCGGACCCAAAUUUUGAUAGCCGUUUCCGAAGGAAGAAGGAAGACGACAGUGAUGGCUACCAGUGCCUCAAAUGCAGAGGGUUUAGAGCUUUUGCCCUCUGCUCUUCUCGCAACGAUACUGGCGAAGCUCGAUGUCGCUUCGAUCUGCUCCGUUGCAUCCACUUGCAAGACGUUAAAUGCCUGUGCAUCUCAAAUCCUCUCAUUUCUUCCUAAUUUCCAUCUACUAGACCUUGGUGCCCCAAUAAAUUUGCUGCGGCCUCUGUUGCCGCCGAAUCCUUUCCUUCGGAGCUUAAAGAUUGAUUGUAGCCGGCUUGAUGAUUCGGCUAUUGAGCAUCUGAUUCGGCCUUCUCUUCAUGAGCUCUAUCUGCACAAUUGCGAGGAUUUUAGUGGGAGGUUACUGUCGGAGGUGGGAGGGCGAUGUAGGGAUCUAAGGUCUCUCUACUUGGGUUCGGUGGCUGAAAAAAGAGGGCGGGCAAUCCAUACUUCUGAUCUGGAGGAAUUGCUCAGUGGUUGCGCUCAGUUGGAAUCACUGAGCCUAAUGUUUGAUGUCUCGAUCUUCCUCCUCCAUAAUUUUGCUCAAGUGUGGGCGACAGCUUCAGCCAAACUAGCUGCUCUUGAGAUUGGUUACAUUUCUUCAGUUAUGGUGACUGAACUGCUUAGUCCAACCUUGGGACCACAGCAACCUCCUAGUCAUAUGCGACCGUUGGUGUUCCCACAUAUUCAGAGAUUGUCUCUAUCAGUAGACUAUAUCACCGACACUUUGGUUGGUACGAUUUCUAAAGGUCUCAUGUCCUUGACCCAUUUGGAUCUUCGAGAUGCACCCAUUAUAGAGCCAUCGCUGUCGUUUGACCUCACCAACCCCGGUCUUCAACAGGUCAAUCAGCAUGGGAAAUUGAAGUACCUAUCACUAAUCCGAAGCCAAGAAUUCCUCCAAACAUACUUCAGACGAGUUAAUGAUCUCGGUAUCCUCUUGAUGGCAGACAAGUGCUCAAAUAUGGAAAGUAUCUCUCUUGGAGGCUUUUGUCGUGUUACAGAUACAGGUUUCAGGGCGAUCUUACAUUCUUGCUCUAGCCUACAAAAGCUUAGGGUGUCUCAUGGGACCCAGCUGACAGAUCUGGUGUUUCAUGACAUCUCUGCUACUUCGCUUUCUCUGACAAAUGUAAGCUUGACAUGGUGUUAUCUGUUGACCAAUCGUGCGAUUGUGCAUUUGGUGACAAACUUGGAUCUCAGGUAUCUGGACUUGAGAGAUUGCCGGAACCUUGGGGAUGAGGCCCUGCUAGCCAUUGGCACGCUACCUAAGCUGAAGACUCUGCUGUUGGAUGGCUGUGACAUCAGUGACAUGGGAUUAUUGUACUUGAGACAUGGUGUGAUGAGGUCGUUGGCUUCAUUGUCUGUUCGAGGUUGCAAGAGACUUACAGACAAAUGCAUCUCUGCUAUAUUUGAUGACUCUUCUGGGAAGCAUUUGCAAGAUUUGGAUCUCUCAAACCUUCCAAAUCUCUCUGACAAUGGGAUUCUAUUACUGGCUAAAAGUCGUGUUCCACUCACGGAACUCCGCAUGCGAGAGUGUCCACUUAUAGGUGACACAUCUAUCAUGGCAUUAGCUUCAAUGCAGGUUGAUGAGGGUGGGUGGCAUGGAAGCACCUUGCGGUUGUUGGAUCUUUACGACUGCGGGCACAUUACAUCGCUUUCAUUUCGAUGGUUCAAGAGGCCAUACUUUCCAAGGUUAAGAUUUUUGGGGGUAACGAGGAGCGUGAACAGAGAUAUGGUAGAUGCUCUGGGACGGAACCGGCCAUUUUUGCACGUGGCAUGCCAGGGGGAGGAGCUGGGAACUGGUCAUUGGGAUUCAGAUGCUUUGUAUGGUCAAGAUCAAGAAGAAGUGGAUGAACUUGAGCAGUGGCUUCUGGAAGGGGAAACUGAGAGUGAUGAUGGAGAGAUAGGAGAGGGUGGGAGUGAGGAAGAUAUGGAAGUUUAGAUUGUAAGAAGAAUAGUUGUCUUCACUCUCCACCACUAAUUGCUUGUUGGGGGCAGGGUUCCGUCACACCAUGAACUAGAAGGCUGGUGUCAUGCUCUCAACUACUACCAUAAAGCAAUUUGUUUGGUGCCCAAAUUUGGUAAAUAUGUUAUCCAUAUCGUCAACUAAGCAAGGACGAAAUUUCAGACAACCUUACAUCGCCUUGUGUCAUAUAGAUGUUUUAAGAAGAUUGAAAAAUCUAGAAAACUAACUUGAAGAACUCAAAAAGAAC